AUGGGCUUUAAUAAAGAAGUCGAUAAUAAAUUUUUCGAGCUUGUUGAGAAUGUCAUUAACAUAAAUAAAAUUGAUGUCGAAAGAGUAUGGAACGUCGAUGAAACAGGCAUUUCUACUGUCCCUAAGUCGCUGUCAAAAGUUAUUUCCACAAUAGGAAAAAGGCAAGUUGGCUCUCUUACAUCUGCAGAAAGGGGUCAACUUGUUACAGCAGUAGUUUGCUGUUCAGCAAGUGGGAGAUACAUGCCACCUAUGUUAAUCUUUUCCCGUCAGGGCAUGAAGGCAGAGUUGAUGGAUGGAGCACCUCCUGGUGCUUGGGCAGAAUGCCACCCGAGUGGAUGGAUCCAGAAUGAUUUAUUUAUAAAUUGGUUAAAGAAAUUUAUAUUACACACAGAAGUCACAAAAGAUUCACCAGUUCUUUUAAUAUUAGAUGGACAUGCGACACACACUAAAAGCAUAGAGCUUAUUGACAUUGCCAGAGAGAAUGGUGUCAUUCUCCUUUGUUUGCCUCGACACUGCACUCACAAAAUGCAACCUCUUGACAUUUUGUUUAUGAAACCUCUGAGUACAUUUUAUGACCAUAAUUUAAGGAAAUGGUUAAGAACAAAUCCUGGGCGUGUGGUAACGCAAUUUCAAAUUGCAUCACUGUUUGGUGCGUCAUAUCUUGAUACUGCUACCAUGACUAAUGCAAUCAAUGGAUUUAAAAAAGCAGGUAUUUGGCCAGUGGAUAGGUCAGUAUUUACUGAUGCUGAUUUCAUAGCAGCGGAAGUAACAGACAUGAGCAUUAUUACUGAGGAUACUGAAAGUUUUGCUACCACGGAUUCAGCCCUUACCACUGUCUCUGCUCCUGCCACUAAACCUUCAGAUAGCACAUCAACCACUGAACCUUCCACUUCAUGUACCGGUAGCACAUCCGCCACUGAACCUUCAACUUCAUGUAGGCCUAGCACAUCAACCACUGUAACUUUAAGCUUUGCAAUCUCGCCAUGUCAUUUGCUGCCCAUCCCAAAACAGGCCCAAAGAAAACGUAUUUCUAAACAAAGAGGAAAAACAGCUAUUUUGACUUCUUCGCCUUAUAAAAGAUCAUUAAUGGAAGCCAAUGAAAAAAAGAAUCCAAAGAAAAACAAAUCUGUCAAAAAAUCAAAUGAAGACACACCAUGCCUCUAUUGUGAGGAUCUUUCCAGCAGCACAGAGAGUUGGGUCUCAUGUACUGAGUGCCACAGAUGGGCCCAUUAUUCUUGUGCAGGCAUUGAUGAAAGAAACAAAAAACCUUACUUUUUGUGUGAGCUAUGUACUAGCAGUGAUUGA